UAAAACCCUAAACCUUCUCCGGUUAUCCCUCUCAGCGCUCUCCGGCAACCACUCUCCGGCGGCGGGUUAAGCUUCCAGUAGCUCAUCUUCCCCUCUUUGCUCAAAGCUUAUUCCUCUCCAUAUUCUCCGACCUCCAUUGAGAGAUUAAAGACUCAUUCUUUAAAACACUGCGGCGACCAGAAAAAACAUGUCAUUCAGAGGAAGAGGGGGCGGCCGCGGCCGUGGAGGGCCCCCUAGAGCCAAGCAAAUGCCCUUCGAUCUCUUUCCGGAAAUUGCGAUAGGCGUUGUGAAGUAUUCUGUGGAAGAAGUAAAGAAGUAUUCUCAGUUUGUGACCUGGUCACAGAAUCUACAGACCUUUUUCGAGACAUCUCCUUACCAUUACCAAGAUAGAAGGCUAUCCCUACAGAAAACGCAAAAAGUAGACAUAGAGAGGUACUCGGAUAAGAAAUCGCAGGCAACAACUGUUAAGCAACCACUCCAUCACUUAAUAAUGAUGGACAAAGAUCAUAUGCCUGCAGAACUAGCCAGAGGUGGACAGCAGACUGUCAAGAGAAUCAAGUGGGACAAUGAAAUAGACUUGAAUAAACUGGAUCAGUUUGAGAAGCUUGAGGAGAAGCUUAAGGGAACUGAAGAAGAAAAUGAAGAGGAGGAAGUAGAAGAGGAGGAAAAUGAAGAAGAUGAAGAAUUUAGUGAUGACAAUGAUUAUACGAAGGGUGAAUACGUUGAUGACGAUGAAGAUGACUUUAACAUGGAUGAUGAGGCAAACGACGAUGAUGAAGGGAUUUUUUGAGUUAGCAUCACAUUGAUCAACAACUUGGCUACAUGUGGGGGAUGGAUGGCGCCGCGGUGGUGGAGGAAGAGCUGCGAAUACAGCGGGGCGGAGCCGUGGUAGCCACCGUUCCCAUUAUUAAUUUUUUUAAAUUUUCUUAAUAAAUAAUGUGAUUUUAUUUUGUGGUUGUGAUGAUGUGGCAGAAGAGUUUUAUGGCUGUCAUGACUAGGCGGAUAAGUUUUUUUUGGCUGUGGCGUGGCUGUUCAGCAUAUUCUGGACACUCUUAUCGAGUCGUAUGCAGAUAAACUUUUUGUGAAA